UGCUCCAAAGUGAAAACCGACACUGCAGGAAGUAAGAGACACUAGCAAUGGAUCCUGUGUUUCUGGGACACCACUUUUCGCUACUAUUCUCUCAGUGCUGCUCUCAUCUCCUGCUGAUUUGGACAUUGGAGAGGAGACUUCAGUGUAAUGCUUGCUGUCAAGCCAAGAGGCCUGGCUUGUGGAGGCAAAUCACAGUCUAAAGAUACUGCUUCGUUUAAUUUUCUGGCCUGAAAAGAAAUUGAGAGAAAGAGGGAGAGAUGACACUUUCUCAGUGCUCAGUGACCUAUGAAGAUGUAACAGUGAUAUUCACUCAAGAGGAGUGGGCACUACUAAAUUCUUCAGAGAAGAAACUCUACAGAAACGUGAUGUGGGAAAACUUUAGAAACAUUCUGUCUAUAGGAAUGUUCCAAGGGGACCAUUCCAUCAAAGAGCCGUAUAACCACCAAGGAAGUAAAAGUAAUACAGUGGAAAUUCCUGAGGCCGAAGAACAAAAUCAAAAUGGUAGGAAACCUCAAGAAUGUGAAGUAUACAACAAAGUAUUCCCUUAUUCCAGUCAGCUUAAAAAACAGAAAAGAAUUCCCAUUGGAAAGAAACCAUAUCAACGUAAGCAAUGUAGUAAAACGUUCAAUCAACCCGGUGAUCUUCGGAGACAUAAAAGAACUCAGAGUGGAGGGAAACUCUAUGAGUGUAAACAGUGUAGGAAAACAUUCAGUUUUUCCAGUAAACUUCAGACACAUGAAAGAACGCACAGUGGAGAGAAGCCCUAUGAAUGUAAACAGUGUAGGAAAACAUUCAGUUUUUCCGGUAAUCUUCGGAAACAUGAAAGAAUGCACAGUGGAGAGAAGCCCUAUGAGUGUAAACAGUGUGGGAAAACAUUCAGUCAAUCUGGUUCUCUUCGAAAACAUGAAAGAAUGCACAGUGGAGAGAAACCCUAUGAAUGUAAACACUGUAGGAAAACAUUCAGUCAAUCCAGUUAUCUUAAAACACAUGAAAGAACACACAGUGGAGAGAAGCCCUAUGAAUGUAAACAGUGUAGUAAAACAUUCAGUGAUAGCGGUACUCUUCGGAAACAUGAAAGAAUGCACAGUGGAGAGAAACCCUAUGAAUGUAAACAGUGUAGGAAAACAUUCAGUUGUUCCAGUCAUCUUCGGACACAUGAAAGAACUCACAGUGGAGAGAAACCUUAUGAAUGUAAACAGUGUAGGAAAACAUUCAGUCAAUCCAGUAAUCUUCAGACUCAUGAAAGAACGCACAGUGGAGAGAAGCCUUAUAAAUGUAAACAGUGUAGUAAAACAUUCAGUCAAUCCAGUCAUCUUCGGACACAUGAAAAAAUUCACAGUGGAGAGAAACCUUAUGAAUGUCAACAAUGUGGGAAAACAUUCAGUAAUAGCCGUGCUCUUUGGAUUCACGAAAGAAUGCACAGUGGAGAGAAGCCCUAUGAAUGUAGACAGUGUAGGAAAACAUUCAGUCAAUCUGGUAAUCUUCGGACACAUGAAAGAACUCACAGUGGAGAGAAACCCUAUGAAUGUAAACAGUGUGGGAAAACAUUCAGUUGUUCCAGUUCUCUUCGGACACAUGAAAGAACUCACAGUGGAGAGAAACCCUAUGAAUGUAAACAGUGUGGGAAAACAUUCAGUUGUUCCAGUUCUCUUCGGACACAUGAAAGAACUCACAGUGGAGAGAAGCCCUAUGAAUGUAAACAGUGUGGGAAAACAUUCAGUUGUUCCAGUUCUCUUCGGAUACAUGAAAGAACGCACAGUGGAGAGAAGCCCUAUGAAUGUAAACAGUGUAGUAAAACAUUCAUCGGGCGGUAUAAACUUCAGACACAUGAAAGAACGCACAGUGGAGAGAAGCCCUAUGAAUGUAAACAGUGUAGUAAAGCAUUCAGUGUUUCCAGUUCUCUUCGGACACAUGAAAGAAUCCACAGUGGAGAGAAACCCUAUGAAUGUAAACAAUGUAGUAAAGCCUUCAGUGUUUCCAGUUCUCUUCGGAUACAUGAAAGAAUCCACAGUGGAGAGAAACCCUAUGAAUGUAAACAAUGUAGGAAAACAUUCAGUUGUUCCAGUAAACUUCAGACACAUGAAAGAACGCACAGUGGAGAGAAGCCCUAUGAAUGUAAACAAUGUAGUAAAGCAUUCAGUGUUUCCAGUUCUCUUCGGAUACAUGAAAGAAUCCACAGUGGAGAGAAACCCUAUGAAUGUAAACAGUGUAGUAAAGCCUUCAGUGUUUCCAGUUCUCUUCGGACACAUGAAAGAAUCCACAGUGGAGAGAAACCCUAUGAAUGUAAACAAUGUAGUAAAGCAUUCAGUGUUUCCAGUUCUCUUCGGAUACAUGAAAGAAUCCACAGUGGAGAGAAACCCUAUGAAUGUAAACAAUGUAGGAAAACAUUCAGUUGUUCCAGUAAACUUCAGACACAUGAAAGAACGCACAGUGGAGAGAAGCCCUAUGAAUGUAAACAAUGUAGUAAAGCAUUCAGUGUUUCCAGUUCUCUUCGGAUACAUGAAAGAAUCCACAGUGGAGAGAAACCCUAUGAAUGUAAACAGUGUAGUAAAGCAUUCAGUGUUUCCAGUUCUCUUCAGAUACAUGAAAGAAUCCACAGUGGAGACAAACCCUAUGAAUGUAAACAGUGUAAGAAAACAUUCAGACUAUCCAGUUAUCUUCGGACACAUGAAAGAACACAUAGUGGAGAGAAACCCUAUGAAUGUAAACAGUGUAGUAAAGCCUUCAGUGUUUCCAGUUCUCUUCAGAUACAUGAAAGAAUCCACAGUGGAGAGAAGCCCUAUGAAUGUAAACAGUGUAGGAAAACAUUCACACGAUCCUGUCAUCUUCAGAUACAUGAAAGAACGCAUAGUGGAGAGAAGCCCUAUGAAUGUCAACACUGUAGGAAAACAUUCAGUCGUUACAGUAAUCUUUGGAAACAUAAAAGAACUCACAGUGGAGAGAAACUCUAUGAAUGUAAACAAUGUAGGAAAGCAUUCAGUUGUUCCAGUUAUCUUCGGUCACAUGAAAGAACUCACAGUGGAGAGAAGCCCUAUGAAUGUAAACAGUGUAGGAAAACAUUCACACGAUCCUAUCAUCUUCGGAUACAUGAAAGAACGCACAGUGGAGAGAAGCCCUAUGAAUGUAAGCAGUGUAAUAAGACAUUCAGUCAAUCCAGUCAUCUUCGGACACAUAAAAGAACUCACAGUGGAGAGAAUGUCUAGGAAUCGAAACAAUGUAGUAAAGCCUUUGGUGAUUCCUCUACUCAUCAGGUACUUGAACUCACAUGGAGAGCAAGCCUAUGAAUAUAGAUGAUGCAGUGGAACAUUCAGUCAUUUCAGUCAUCUUUAAUCACAAGAAAUAAUGCACAGUGGAGAGAAACCCUAGUAAUGUAAUAUAGACAAUACAGAAAACCUUUCAGUUCUUCCACUACUCAUAGAGCAUAUGGAAAUAAGCCCAGUGUUACUU